CCUGACGAAGCAGACAACACAACAUUCUGUGACGUGUUUCUCAAAACAUUACAGAAAGGGCAAAGAAACAGCUGAUUUAAGUUUCCAUAUUUAGACAUUGUGCCAUAUCCCUUGGUUGUGAACUGAAAGGGAUAUCGGAAUUUCCAGAAACCAGUUGAUUAUCUCAUCAUUAAUGCAAAACACAGGUGCUGAAGUUUGUUGGGUGGUAUGAGAGAGGAAGAAGAUCAAUGUUUCACCAGUCACAGUUGGUGGAUGGUAAGCUGCCGGUGUUUGUGUUUCCAUCGUCUCUGACAUUUUACUCCGAUGACCAGUCCACACACAAGCAGGUUCUUACCCUCUACAACCCAUACGACUUUCCGCUCAGAUUCAAAGUGCUAUGUACUACUCCGAGAAAAUACACAGUGGUGGAGGCAGAAGGCACAAUCAAGGAGAAAUGUUGCUGUGAUAUUGUGAUAAGACAUAUAGAUAUAUGUAUCAACAAUGAGGGAAUCAAAGAUAAGUUUCGGAUCCAGGUUGUAGAGCAUGGACAGAAAAAAAUACUCGGAAGGAAGGAGGUGAUAUCUGUCCUGCUCCCAAAGAAGGAGAGCUCACCUCCACCUGCCGAAGAUAACUUCAUGUCCAUGCAUGUACCAGGACGAGGAAGGGAAACUAUCCAGCCUACCAGUUCCUCUCGUCAUGGUCCAGAUGGAAAUGUGCGGACAGGAGGAGGUCCCAGUCUCAUCAUCCUUCUGGCUGCAGUGACUUGUAUCCUAGCCCUGAUGUUACCUACUCACGGUGUGGAUGGUGAUACCAAUCUCCCGGGAUAUCUCCAUCUGUCACUUCACCAGAAACUUAUAGCAGCUUAUAUACUAGGUUUGGUCACUAUGGUAGUCCUACAAUCGUGAUAUUUACUGGAGCGGGCCUCAACAUGAUGCCAUCUACUUGUAUUCCUCCUGUUUUAUCAAAUGCUUCAAUUGCUAAUGUAAAUAUGUGUAAAAGUCUUCAAAAUGUCAAAUCCACAAACAGUAUCACUUUAUCAUCGGCAACAAUUUAUCACUACUGUUAAGGUAAGUCUCAAAUGUCAGAACAACAAACAGAUCCUUCGGAAACUAACAACAUUCUCUAUAGUCCUUUAUGUAAGGCAAGAUUUAGAGAUUCCUUAACAUGGUAUUAGAUGUCUCAGACAAGAUUUAGAGAUUCCUUUACAUGGUAUUAGAUGUCUCAGACAAGAUUUAGAGAUUCCUUAACACUGUGUAAGAUAUGUCGGACAAGACUUAGAUAUUCCUUAACACGGUGUAAGAUGUCUCAAACAAGACUUAGAUAUUCCUUUACACUGUGCAAGAUAUGUCGGACAAGACUUAGAUAUUCCUUUACAUGAUGUUAGAUAUCUCAGACAAGACUUAGAUAUUCCUUUACACAGUGUAAGAUAUCUCAGACAAGACUUAGAUAUUCCUUACACAGUGUUAGAUAUCUCAGACAAGAUUUAGAUAUUCCUUUACACAGUGUUAGAUAUCUCAGACAAGACUUAGAUAUUCCUUUACAUGGUGUUAGAUAUCUCAGACAAGACUUAGAUAUUCCUUUACAUGGUGUUAGAUAUCUCAUACAAGACUUAGAUAUUCCUUUACAUGGUGUUAGAUAUCUCAUACAAGACUUAGAUAUUCCUUUACAUGGUGUUAGAUAUCUCAUACAAGACUUAGAUAUUCCUUUACACGGUGUUAGAUAUCUCAGACAAGACUUAGAUAUUCCUUUACACAGUGUUAGAUAUCUCAGACAAGACUUAGAUAUUCCUUUACACAGUGUUAGAUAUCUCAGACAAGACUUAGAUAUUCCUUUACAUGAUGUUAGAUAUCUCAGUCAAGACUUAGAUAUUCCUUUACACAGUGUUAGAUAUUUCAGACAAAACUAAGGAAUUCAUUUGCAUGGUGUUAGAUAUCUCAGACAAGACUAAGAUAUUCCUUUACAUGAUGUUAGAUAUUUCAGGCAAUAUUUAGAUAUUUCAGGCAAUAUCUAGGGGUCCCAUAAAUCUUUUCCUUGCAAGGUACUUUUUUACUGAUAGCUAAGAAAUGUAGUUUGUUGACUAUAUAUGCAUAUAUAUAUAUAUAUAAAUGCAAAAUAA